AUGGAUUUAAAUCAAAUUAAAACCACUUGCCAAAAAGGUACUCCACGUUUCUCUGAUAAUGAAAAAACCACAACUAAAAUUGUUAAACAACAAACUUGGGUUAACAAUUAUGAUGAUGGUGUCAUUAAAUUAGAACAACCAAGACAAAGAGUAUUAGUUGAAAAACAACAAACUCAAAUUAAAGUUGAUGAAGGUAAGGACAAUAUUAAUGUCUAUGAAGUUCCACCAGAAAUUAUCAUUAAAGAGAAUGCAACAGAUUUGGAUGUUGUUGAAAAAUCAUUAAGAGCUGAAGUUACAGUACCAGCAGCACAAGUUGAAAUUCAACAACCAGCACCAAGAAUCUUUUUGGAUCAACAUGCACCAAUCAUUGAUGUGAAUCAAAUGGCACCAAGAGUUGAAUUUAUUCAAAGAGAACCAAUGGUUAGUGUAAACCAACCAAAAGCAUCAGUUAUCAUUAAUCAACAAAAACCAGAAGUUCAAAUUCAAUCCUCAAAACCAAUGGUUUCAUUCGCAGCUGCAACUCCACCAAAUAUUAAUGUCUCUCAACAAGAACCAUUAAUUAAACUCUUUAGAAGUGAACCAAUCGUUAGAAUCUCUGAAUUCAAAGGUACUCCUGAAAUUAUCUUACAAAAAUCCGAUAGUUGUGUACUCAAUGUUAAACCAAUGCCAGCACCAAUCCUAUCCAUUUCAAAGGGUGCUAAAAUGGCUUCUGAAUUCACUCAAACCACUACUCAAAUGACUCAAACAACUGGUCUCAACUCUCCAAAAUUAAUCAAAAAAGAAGAAAUUAUGAUCAAAAAAGAUAGUGAUGGAAAAACUACCAAAUUUGAAAAAAGAAGUGAUUGGUUGAAUGAAAAACCAAUGUCUCCAAAAAUUAAAACUGGUCAAUUUUAA